CUAUAAUUAUAUUAUUACACGUUUUGCUACUUUUUGUAUUAUUUUUUCAAGUGUAUUAAGGAUAAACCUUUCACGGGAUUAAAAUUUCGUGACAAACAGGCCUACUAUUACAAAAAACUUCAGUGUUGUGUUUACUACACUAUACAAGUUUGCAACUAUGGGUACAAAUACUAAGGACGACUUUUCAGAAUCAACAGAAUACGGCGUAAAAUCUGAGGAAUUCGAAGACUUUUCUGAGACAAUGUUAGAUGGAAGCGAUAAGAAAUCAUUAGAGGACGGCUCAUUGUCAGAUCCAGAUAACUGUGGCAUGUGUGGUGGCCCGCUGGUAUUACCUCGAAUGCUGCAUUGUUUACAUACAUUUUGCGAAGAAUGUCUAGGCAAAAAGCUUGUCGGGGAAGCUGGAGAUGCUGGAUCAACAGACACUUCAAUUAAAUGCCCAAUCUGUAAUUAUUCAACCCUGGUUGGAACAAAGAAGUUGACUGCUCUCCCACUUGACGUAUCAAAGACAAAUGUUACUGAUGUUUCAAACUCCCCUGACUUGCAUUGCACUUCCUGCACUGCCAAGGAAAUGGCCAAGUCCAAAUGUAACACCUGCCAACACCUUCUAUGUAAUAACUGUGACAAGGCUCAUCAUUUUAUGAGAUGUUUUGAGUCACACAAGGUUGUUGCUCUGGAAGAUAUGGUUAAAUCUGGUAUUAAGAUAACAGUUCAUAAGCCUCUAGUAUGUGAUUUUCAUUCUGGUGAAAAUCUUAUCUUCUAUUGUUUGAUGUGCAAUGUAACAGCUUGUACGGAAUGUAUUAAAACUGAUCAUAAAGGCCACCAGUUUGAGGGUAUACUCGACUCUGAACCGAGAGUUAGACAAGAGAUGGAAAGUUUGGUUAAGAGAAGUAAAGAUAAAAUUGAAAACCUCACCAAAGCUUCUGCUACUUUGAACAAUAAUAUGGAAGAACUUUCCCACCAGCGCUGCACUGCUAGAGAUCUUAUCAAUGAAUCAUAUCAGAGUUACAAGGCUGUUCUUGAGAAAUGUAAAGAUGAAAUUUUAGAAGAGCUGACCAACUUGUAUCACGAACGUGAGCUAGUCCUCAUGCAAGAAAGUAAUGAGUUGGGCAAGACAAUUGUUAACUUAGAAGAUGCCUGUAAAUGCACCUCAAGCUUAUUGGAAGGCGGUACGGCACAAGAGAUGAUGUAUUUAAGAACAGCACUUGCCACUAGGUUGAUUACUUUAAUCAACAAAACACCCAAAAUGGAAAAAUGCUUCAGUAUUGAGUUCAAAUCUGAGUUGGAUAAAUUUGAAUAUGCUAUCAGGAAUAAUUUCGGAAAGUUUGCUACAGAGGAAGAUAUAAUCGUGAAAACAUCACAGUCUUCUCCAGUUUUACCUGAAUUACCUCCCUUGAACAUCAAUGGAAUCAACAACUCCCCACCUGCUAUCGUCACAAACGGUUGUAGCGCUCCGUCGGUAACAACAACCAGUCCGAUUUCCUUACCCACAUCCAUGCAGUCUUCAUUCGAUGGGGAACUUGGAAACAAUUUACAAAUGUUGAUGGCUCAGAGUCCUCCCUUAUCCCACGUCAAUUCAAACCAAGGGUUUUCCCAAGGAUUUUCUAGUAUUGCCGAGUACAAUAUAGCACAACUAGCCACUUUAGCAGAAAACACAAGCAGUGCUGCCACGUCACCAACUACAGCUCCAUUCAAUAUUGCCGAUAUUUUGAACAAUGAUACUGCCUUCAAGAAUAUUGCAACAUUAGUUAAGCUGGCAGGAACCAGUACUACUCCGUCGAUUCCUAGAUCCAACAAGGUUAGUCCUAUGCAGAUCCGCUGCAAGUUUGGCCAGUUGGGACCCGGCAAGGGACAGUUCAAUUCUCCACACGGAUUUUGCUUGGGAUUGGAAGAGGACAUUAUCGUUGCUGAUACAAAUAAUCAUAGAAUUCAGAUCUUUGAAAAAACCGGAACAUUCAAGUUUCAAUUUGGCAUCCCAGGCAAAGACGAAGGUCAGCUGUGGUAUCCCAGAAAAGUAGCAGUCAUGCGCAAUACUGGCAAAUAUGUCGUAUGCGAUCGCGGCAACGAACGCUCCAGGAUGCAGAUCUUCACUAAAAACGGCCAUUUUUUGAAAAAAAUAGCUAUACGUUACAUCGACAUAGUCGCUGGCCUAGCAGUCACUGUUAACGGGGAAAUUGUCGCCGUUGACAGCGUCAGUCCGACAGUAUUCAUCAUAGGGGAGAGUGGAGAUUUGCUGCGUUGGUUCGAUUGCAGCGAUUAUAUGAGAGAGCCAUCCGAUAUCGCUAUUCAUGGAAAGGAAUUUUACGUUUGUGACUUCAAAGGACACAACGUGGUAGUAUUUAAUGACGACGGGCAAUUUUUGCGUAGAAUCGGAUGUGAGAAUCUAACCAACUUUCCCAACGGAAUUGAUAUAUCAGAUGCAGGAGACGUAUUGAUUGGAGAUUCCCAUGGAAAUCGAUUCCACGUUGCAGUCUUUUCACGCGAUGGGGGCUUGAUUUCGGAAUUUGAAUGUCCAUAUGUAAAGGUCUCCAGAUGUUGUGGAUUGAAAAUCACAUCCGAAGGUUACGUAGUAACCCUCGCCAAAAACAAUCAUCAUGUUCUGGUAUUGAAUACGUUAUACAUCCUGUAAACCCCGAAUAAUAUAGCGUCGUCGUCGUCGUCGACGAAUAUUUUGACCUUAGUCCCUCUUUCCGACCAAUCGUUUUAUGAACAUGUUGUGUUAGUUACCCUGACACAUCCUCACCCGACCCUCGCCUGUUGAGCUGUGGCAUUUAACAAUUUUUGAUAAAAAUAUUUUUAUGUAUUUAAUCUUCACAGUUCGUACUCCGAAAUAGACCAAGAACUCACCGUAAAAAUAUGAGUAGAUAAGGUACGACACAAAUCAAAAUGGUAUUUAGCGCAUAGAAAAAAGUUUUGUUUGCAUUUUGUUGAAAUUUCCACUGGUUGACGGUUUUUGUUACCAGCUGCUCAAAUACUUUUUAACUAUUAUAUCUAUAUUAUCUGUUAAUGUUUGAACUGUUUUUUAAAAACUCUUAAAGUAUUGAUAUAGACACUUUGUUUCUCUUAACUUUUCUAGCAUGUCUAAAAUAUCAAAUUUCGAAUUUUCAGAUUAGUGAAUAAAUAGAAAGCAAUUUACCACAGAAGUACAAAAAUGUAAAUUGUAGAAAACUCGGGUGAAAAACAGAAACAUUUGUAUUGUAGGUAUUUAUGUUGUAAAUAUCUGGUAAUUCAUGAUCUUGGGCUCAUUAAUUUUAAUUUGUAAUAAUAUUCCAACAGAAUUUCUUUAUCUUUUAGUUAUUAAGUAAUUAAAUGUUUAAUAUGUCAAAUAGGAAUCAAGGUUGACCAUUGUGUUUUGUUAAUGUUUAUUUAGGUCAAUUCUAUUCAUUUUGUCGCUAACAAAGUUACGCUAGGAUCAUAAAAUCUCGAAAUUUCGACUUGAAGCUAUCUGUCAACUGCCAGUUAUCGUCUGUCAAAUGUCAACGAUUCUUUCCAAUCUGUCACGUCUGUAUGUCGAAAGAUACCAACUGGGCAACAAGUCCGUUGACAUUUGAUUUCCAGAGAAUUGUUAACAGGGAAGCUAUUCACAUUAAAUUCUUUAAUUAAUUCUGGCGUACAAAUAGUUUAUUUCAUAGUGUAUAUAUAUAUAUAUAUAUAUAUAUAUAUAUAUAUAUAUAUAUAUAUAUAUAUAUAUAUAUAUAUAUAUAAUUGUUAUUUGUUUUCCAUUUCUCUUAAAUACAGUUAUAUUCUUUGACUUCCAAUUGAUGGUCUUAAUCUUUUCCCAACCUUUGCCUCAAUAUGUUCUCCUUUUAUGUGAAAUCAGUAUUUUUAGCAGACGUUUCUCUCCUAUUUACUAAAAUUAGUUUUUUCUUUUAAUUAAUGUUCUUUGGUUAAAUUAGGACUUGGCGUCCUUAAAUUUCUGCAUGCAACAUCGUAGAAUACAUUUUACUUUCAUUUCUUUUCAGUAUCUUCUCGGUAUUCCGCAUGCAUUUUUUUGUCUAAGGUUAUUUUUGAACAUCGAUCUUCAUUGCAUAACCAGUCCAUCAAAGUCUGCGCAUUCUGAAAUGGGCGUUUCUUCAAACCGUUCUUCAGUUUAUGGUUUUCCCGAUCUCCAUAUCCUCUUUUCAUUGAUCAGUCCAAAGAAGUUUUUUUUUCAAAAUUUUUUAUGUAUAUAUAUAUAUAUAUAUAUAUAUAUAUAUAUAUAUAUAUAUGUAUGUAUGUAUGUAUGUAUGUAUGUAUGUAUAAUUCAAAAUCGUAUAUUACUGACAUGAAAUUGUAAAUUAAUGUUUGUUUUUUGUGGGAAGAUACACAAAUUUAUUACCGAACAUUACUAUUUAGUUUUUAGUGUACUAGUAGGAUUAAUAGCAUAAAAAUAGUUCAAGUAUAUUUAUAGUUAAUAUCGUUUUAAGGUGUUUUGUACCUUAUUUACUCAUAUAUUUACGGUGUUUUUUGCUCUAUCAAGAAGUUUUCAUAAAUACCCAAAGUAGCAGCUAAUAUUCUUAUUAGAAUUUUUUGUUUGUUCCAUUUAUCCUUUUAUCAAAAUCAAUAUUUUAUGGUAAAAUUAAUUUCAUUCGUUUUCGACCAUUAAUGUUACCUUAUAUACUUUAACAGACUUAGAUCAUUAUCAGUAUUUGUAGAAAUGCCCUUAAUAGAAAUCUUUUUGUUUAAAUCUUGAUUGUCUUCUUGUGAGAAAGAGAUAUUAAUCAUUUAGAUUUUUGGUGCUCUUAUAUUUAUUAUUUCGUUUCCUAUUAUAAGAAAAUCUCUUUCAAUAAUAUGAAAGCAAUAUAUUUGUCUCGUGUUUUAUUUGUGUUUUUUUAUGGUCUGUUCGAAGUCAUAUAAUUUUUAUUUAUUUUUAUAUGGUAUUUGAUUCUUCUGAAGCUACGGAUAUUGUAUAUCUUUUUUUUGUUAACGGGAGGAAAUCUUUUUCCACUUCAUCUUUACAUAUAAUAUCUUUUGGCCUUCCUCUUUGCUUCUUUUCUCUAGUUUUUCUAGUUAAAAUUUGAUUUUUCAUUCUAGUAACUGGUAUUUUUAUUACAUGGACCAGCAUAUUCAGUAGUCUUUUAUAUCCCCGGUUAUACUAUUUCCUUUGUAUAGUUUUUUAAAUUAUUGGUUAUCCACCAAGUAUUUUUAAACACCCAUAUUUCCCAUAGUUCUAGAUCUUUAAUAUGAGCUUCAAACGAGUCCAAAUUUUACUGCCAAAGAGCACUAUCGGUCUAAUUACGGUUAAUAUAUUCAGAGUCUGAUGAAGAUACCGAUAUCACUAAUUUGAUAAUGAUCUUAUUUGAUUGAAUCAUUAUGAUUGCCAAUUAACACUGAUAUAAACUCUAUCUGAAUAGACUUUAUAUCCUGUUAUCUUUUUGAUAAUAUCCUUUUUUUAUUUACAUUUUGUGUUCUUUACAACAAUUUGUCGCUCAUAUUCCAUAAAAUAUAUACUACCAUAAUUUUUUAACAAUAUUUCUAAAGACUUUCCAGCCAAGAAAACUAGUACGAACUGUGUGGAUUUGAAAUCCCUGUAACAAUCACUUAUAUUAACAUUAAUCUUUCUGGUGAAAGCCAGCUCGUGUACCUUAAUUAAGCACUCUUGUUCCUCUGCUUAACCUAUAUCAAAAUCAACUGAUUUUCAUAAAUAGUAUUUCUGGUAAUAGUACAUACAUAAUAUAUACAUGGUUUAUUCAAUAUUAUAUAUACGUAUUAGAUAUUUGUAACGGUUUUUAAAACGUCUAUUCUAUAAUAUGAUGAAGACUUGGAGUUGGCCCUUUGUUUACACGUCCGACAAUGAACGCCACAUUAAUGUGACGUCAUCCUGCCUAUUUUAAAGGUUCGAUUCAUCUCUUGAUUAUAAACAAACCUAUCUCCAUAGCAACUCACCUGACACCCUUCAGAAAUAUUUCAGCAUAGUUUACCUUGCUAUAUUAAGACAAUACCUACUAUAUUUCGAAACAAAAUUUUUCUCUCUCUCUCUAGAACAAUCUCUCCCUCUAGAACAAUAGUUUGCUUUAUUUAGAAUCAAGAUUUGUACCUAACCUUAAAAAAAUCGUGUGACGUAACCACCAAUGUGACGUCUUAUAUGUGGCCAAGAACAUGAUAUUUUUACCACAGCUUUUGGGGUUAUUUUAAUCGGGUUUAGCUAUUUUGUUUCGUUUUUUAAUAGUUUUGCUUGUUCAUUUUAGAUAUUCGUUUAUUAUUAUUAGUAUUUUUGGCUAUACUGCCAGUUUCAAUAUAGUAUGUGAAUAACAUUUUCUUUGUCACCAAACACUGGGUCAUUAUUGUAUGAGGUGAUCUAAAUAAGUUAGGCUCGGUUUGUCUUAGUUUCGAAGACCUAAUAUAUCAAUUCAUCUCUAGUUGACCGACAGUACCGCUAGAGAGUUUAGCUUAUCCGAUCGCCUCAUUGUAAGCCACUUUGCCAACCGAUUUUCAUUAGAUACAAGAAAUAUCGAUCGCCUUAUGUUUUACAUGUAUGGUUAGUCAGGGUGGCAAGAGCUAAAAGCUCGUAUUUUUUGACCUUAUUUUUUUAUUUAAAUGUACUGAAGGUUGUUUUAAUUUGUAAGUUAUAUUACUGGUUUUUGAAUAAAUAUUAAUUGU